AUGGCGACUGCUCGUCCUUCGCCUACUACGACUUCUUCUUCUUCUUCUUCGGCUACGGUUGUUCAUCAAUUAGUUGAAUUAUUUCGUACAAAUGGACAUCGAGUUUUACAUGGAGAUAGUAAAGUGUGUUUUACAUCGGAUUCACUUACAUUAUUGAAUAAUUAUUUUCAAGCAGCUAAAUUUGAUAUUAUAUUACCACAAACAAAUGAUCGUGUAAGAACGAGUUCAAUACCGCCACUGCCACCACCACCACCAUCCGUACAAAAUUUAAGAAUUAAUACACGACUUAGAGAAGAUUUAAUAUUUUUACAUGAUUUUUUAAAGAAAAUUCACGCUGUUAAAUUAAUUCAUCAUGCAGGAACUCUUCAAGGAAAUGUUUUUCUCUAUCCAUUUCAACAUGUAGUUUGUUUGGAAUUAAAAAAAAUACCACCACAUAUGGUCUCUGGUUUAUCUAUACUUCGUCCUCAACUUGAAACAUUAAUAUGUUCUCAAUCAGUAACAAAAAUUGAAGAUUUAAUAAGUGAUUGCGGUGGUGAUUCUGUACAGCCGGAGAAAUGGCCUCGAUUAAAAUCACUUUUUCUUGCUCAUAAUUUUAUUGAACGUAUUGAUCAAUCUUUAAAAUAUUUAAUCGCACUUGAAAUUGUACCUCAUGUAAAACAUUUAAAUCUUUCAUCAAAUCAAUUACGUAAUGUACCAAUAUGGCCGGAAUAUAAAGGUCCAUGUCGAUUAUUUACACUUAAAAUGCGUCAAAAUUGUCUUGAAGACGUAACGGGUAUCGAAAUAAUGAAAUCAAUUGAAGAAUUAGAUUUAAGUGAUAAUUUUAUAACACUUAUACCUGAACAAAUUCGUUAUAUGCCAACAAUAAAACGCCUUUCUUUUGCACGUAAUCCAUUUACUUAUGCUACGAAUUAUCGACAACAAAUUAUAUACAAUUUACCAUAUGUUUUUUCUCAAGAAGCUCGAGAACUUUUAAUCGAUGAUCAACAAUUGACAUCAAAAGAAAAACAACGUAUUCCAAGAAAUCGUAAUCGUCAACAACCUCUUGUUUCAGCAUUUCGUCCUUAUUCACCAUCUUCAUCCGCACAAAAUACAACCACAAGUGAAUCAACAACUGAACCAGAAUCAAUUACAUCGAAUUCUUCAGGAACAGUUGUUGUUAAAAGACGAGGGCGGCCAAAGAAUCGACCAGGAAAUUUACGAACACUUGAUGCAGAUGAAACACCAACAGAACAUGCUACAUCUGGUUCUGAUAAUGAAACAGGUUCACAAAGACGUCGUUUAAAAAAUUUACACGAAACACUUCAAGAUAUUGAUGGUACUAAUCAUACAUCCCAAACACCAGGCUCUAGAAAUAUUUAUCAAUCAACAAUAUAUGAACAAGAUGAUAAUAUAUUAAAAUCGCCAACAUCUGUUGCAAGUAGUAUACCACGUAAAUUAGCAAAUGAUUUAUCACAAUCUCCAAAACGACGAAAAAGUCCACGUUCUCGUAGAGCCGAUCCACCAACAAGAAUUGUUUUAGAAGUUGUUGAUGUUUCAAAUACAACAUCAGAUGAAACACCAGUACCUGAUUCACCGAUAUCUGAAAGAAAUGCUUCGAUUAAUAAAAAUUAUCAAACACCAAUACCAGUUCUUGAGCCAAAAGAAAAUCCUGUUGAUGAAAUAAAUACUGGCGAUAGUAUACGAACAAUAUUUUUUAUUACUGAUCAAACAUCAAAUGAUACGAAUCGUUCAUUUACAAUUGAAAUCGAUCCAAUGUAUUUAAUAGAAAAAGAUAUUAACGAUGAAGAUUAUUCAGAAAAAAUUAAAUAUUCAACAAUUAAACUUUUAAAUAAUAAUGAAAGUAAUCAAAAAACUGUUGAAUUUACAUUUGAAAAACGAAGAAAUGAAGUUGAAAGAAGAAUAUAUUCGUUUGAUACGAAACAAGAUCAAAAGGCAUUUGUUGAAGAAAUUGAACGACAUUUAGAAUUAUCAGUACCAAUUGAAUUACCAAAUGGUGCACCUUUAUUUAUUGAGUGUACAAAAUGUGGAAAAUAUUUUCCACCACUAACUUCAAUGAAUCAUACAGAUAAUACGUCGUCGGCUAUCUGUAUGGCUUGUCAAAAUGCCAUCGUAACUCCACCAAUUGAAAAUUUUGCUGCAUUACAAUUACAAACAACGAUGACUGUAUCAUCCGAUCAAGCCGAUCUCGAUCAUCGAUUACAUUUGCAUGUAGUAACUGAACACUUUACACAUAAUAAUGAACAAAUCAAACUACAUUUUAAAUGUUUCGUUGUUCGUUCAACAACAAGUAAAUAUUUUAUUGCUCAAACAAUUCUUACGGAUUAUGGAAUUUAUAUAUUUCAACAUGAAGCAUUAAGUACUGAUUUCGAUUCUGAAUAUGUUCUUGUUGGUAAAGAUCUUUUAACGAAUGUUCUUAUGCUUGAUAUUGGUUAUCGAUUACAAACAUUUACGAUUGAAUUACAAUCAGCUGCAUUUGCUUUUCUUCUUGCUGAUCAACAAAAAACACAAACGAUUGUCAAUCAUAUACUUGAAGUUCUUUCACCUGUUGUUCAAAGUGGCGAAGGAGCUUUACAAAAAAUUAGUCGUAUUAGUUCGGAUGAAUAUCGACAACGUUUAUUUGAUAUUAUUAAAAUUGAAUGUAAUAUUGAUGAACCAAAUGAUGAUAUGAUUGAUUUCUAUUCAAUUAUGAUUCGAAUGGAUCAAGCUGGUAAUAGUCAAAUGAUUGCUUUAUUACUUCUUAAAAAUUGGAUUUUAAUGAUUGAAGAUGCGUAUGCAACAAUUGAUUCACGUCAUGUUCGUUUACCUGCUCAACCUAGUUCAGAAUCCGGUACAAAUCUACAAUUAAAAUGUGAUCUUAUGCAUUUAGUUAACGUUACAAAUUAUAUUAAUCACGCACAAUUAUUUGUUUUUGAUUUUGUUGAUGAAUCUGAAACAAAAGAAUUUCGAUGGAAAUUAGAAAGUUUAACAACUGAUAGUAAAAAUGAAUUUUUAACAAAAGUUCGCGAUACUUAUAGAACAUUUAUGGAUAUUCCUAUGCCAGAAAAAUUUGAAAUGAAUAAAAAAAUUAUGUGUGAUCUUUUUCAAGCUAAUCCAUGGAAACCAUUAUUAUGUACAAAUUGUCAUCAAAAUCGAUCAGGUCAUCAAAUAAUGGAAAAUACAUGUGAACAUCUAUCACCGAAAAAAUCAAGUGAUUUACCAGCAUCAACAUCAUCAAUGCAUCUUUAUGAAGAAAUUAUGGCACAGUAUUUUACAAUAAAUACAACAGAUAUAGAUUCAUUAAAAACAACAUCUGUUAUUGAACGAUUACCAACUCCAGAUGAAAAUGAACUUAUUGAUGAUGAUGAUGUUGAAGAAGAUUCAUUUUCUGAUGAAGAACAAGAUUUAAUGAAACCAUCAACUAUUGAAUUUAUUCAAAAUCAAUCUAUGAUUAAUACACAAGGAAUUGUUCUUAUGGGUCCUGAUUUACCAAUAAAACAAGUAACAGCAACGAUCACAAAAAAAUCAAAGAAAAUGAAUCUAUUAAGAAAAAGUAAAAGUAAUGCAGAUGAAUGCUUGAAAAAGACCGAUAUGAAUUAUAAUAAUACAUCAAAAUCAUGGUGGUUUAAAGUCAAAAAAGCCAAUACAUCUCCAGUCAAUCAAAUAGAAUUAACAAAUGAAUCAAAUAAACCAACUAUUUCAAGUCCGCCAUUAAGUUGUCAAACUCCACAACAAAGAGUUCGUGUUUUACCGGAAAUCAAUAAAUUAACAUUAAGUGAAGCAUUAAAUAUUGCUCGACGUCAACAUUUAUUACCUAAUCGUGAACCCAAAUUAAUUCUUCCUCAUAAACCAUAUUGUUCUCCAAUUAAUUCAACUGGUCAAGCAAAUUAUGGGUCAUCAAUUGCUUCUACAACAUCAUCAUCAACCCAAUCAAGUGCUGAAUAUGAUACUGGUGUAUUAAAUAAUUCAAUAAAAGAAGAAUCAACUUAUUUAACUGCUACAUCACCUGUUAUUGAAAAUAAUAAUAAUCAUUCUCUUAUAACAAUGCUUGAUAAAAUAAAUAAGUUAACUAUUGAACGUCUUACAUUUGAUCUUCGAAUAAUCAUCGAUGAAUAUAAACAUAAUCUUCCCGUCGCUCGUUUUCAAACAUUAAAAUCUUUUCUUCAUCAACAUCAAUCAUCAAAAAUUUUAUCAAAUGAAGCAAUUUAUUUCGUUCUUUUACAAAUCAUCGAUGAAUAUUCUCAUCAUUCAACUGAUUCAUUAAAAAUUAUAACCAUCGAUCAUUUUCUUAUUGCACAUGAUUCAACAAUACCUAUUAUUGUAACAACAACAUCAUCGGUUACAAAUGAAGAUCAAUCACUUGAAAAAUUUAUUAAAAAUCUUUCGAAUCAAUUAUUUGAUUCAUCAUCAUUACCAAUAUUUAAUGAUCUUUUAACAUUUGAAAAUAUUUCUUAUCGUUAUUUAUCCAAACAAAUUCUUCAAUUUUCAAAUGUAGAUAUUGAUCAUAAUAUAUCAAUGCAACGUGUUAAAUUACUCGAUUUAUUUUGGAAUAAAAUACAUUCAUUACGAAAUAUUCAAAUCAAUGAAGAAAACGAACGAUUUAUUUUCGCACAUUAUCAUCUCAUGCGACAUAUUUGUCAGUCAGAUAGUUUAAUAUAG